ACUAGCAUGGUCUUUCCAUCUAGUAUAAAUCGAUACCAAGAAGGCGUCAAAGUAUCUCACAGUGACCUGACACGACAAAUCUCAGAUGAGCUGAAGAGUCGAAUGCGGGACCUGGACGACGAUGACGAGUUACUGCCUCAAAUAUCCAACCUGAUCCGCAAAGCUACACCAAAGGCUUUUCCCACGACAUCCUUCAUCAAUAAUGCUAUGACUGAGAGAGAGACCUCAGACUGCUAAAUAAUGAAGAGUUUCAAACGUGGAUCUCGACGGAAAGAACUUCUUUUCUUGCAGUCAAAAGCCUAUCUGCUCCACUCCAGAUGGGGAUCGCAAUAUGGAAUCAUUUUACAAAUUACCCAGCCGUCAGGGACGAGGCUAGAGGUUUUGUGCAAUACUUUGAGUUUUCCAAGUGGGACUACAGAUUCCAGAGUGUGGGAUCGAUGAUGUCCAAUCUGCUUGCCGAAAUUGGCUACGACGUUAGCAAACGGAUCAAAGAGUAUGGCGACACAGACAACAUCGAAGAAAGCCAGGAGGUCUGGCACUUAGAAGAUCAGUUCUUGCUUCUGCAACAGAUGCUUCUGAGUCCUAGAUGCCCGUCUAUUGUCUGGGUCCUCAUCAACUUAGGAGACUAUGUUUCACAUCACCAGUGGCUGCUGGACAAAUUACAAUCGUUGUCCACUAUGCAGGAAACUAGGUUCAAAGCGAUCUUCCUCAAUAGCAGUGACAUUACUCUUCCACCAUUCAAUCCGGAACAUUCUCACUUCAUCGACAUCAAUCUUGUUCAAGACCCCAAAAUACAUCCGGAGAAUUCAGAAGCGAGCUCGAGCGAAGUUCCGGAUGCUCAAAACCAAACAGUCCCAUUGAAUAAACAAGCUCUUGAGGUCGUGAUGGAACAUCCGCAGCUUUUCAGUUUGAUGUCACACAUAAAUGGACUUUUUAAUGACUCCAGCGUGGAUCCUGAGCUGCGUCAGAUGCUGGUUUCCUGGCUUCCAACAGUCUCCAAAAAUCCUGAUAUGCUCGAUAGAACACUUGCAGACAUUCUGCCUUUGUCAACUGAAACCCUCUUUCCGCGCGUGCUGAAGUCAGCGAUUGACAACUCUCCCGGGCUGGCACUUCGAGUGCUCAAGCUGAUCACCCUUUCAUUCCGCCCAUCCACCAUCCACGAGCUGACAGACCUGGCAGAGUCAUUCAACGAGGGGAAAGUAUGCCAGUCACCAGAUUAAAUUGACCCGGACAAGAUAAUUCCACUGCUUCCCGGGCUCCUAAAGUUCCAGGGAAAUGAGAUUCAUUUUUGUCAUCGGGAUCUGCGAGCUUU